UUCACUCAACAGUUGACGGUUUAGGAUUUAGUUACAAAACUUUCGGUUAAUUUUUUUUGUUUCAUUGUUCUUUGUAAACUGAGAUUGUUUAGAAAUUGUAUAUUUCAAACAGAUACUGGAAUUGAAACAAAUGCUUCAAAUACAAGCGAAAUGAAACGAGCUCAACCUUCUUUCUUGCAUGCUAGAGAAAACAGCAUUGAUCGCAGAAUGCGACCUCGGCCGAACACACGAGUCAACCUGGAAGUCUUGAUGUCGAAUGAGAGUCAACAUUCAUCGUCCCGGUCUUCGUCGCCGUCGCGUUGCAGUUCUCCGGUUUCGGUUGAUCAUUGUGAAAACGCACAAGAUGCUACAAAAGACGGUGAAACUGUGAAGGUUUGCCUACGGCUAAGACCUUAUUUGAAGAAUCAAGCAUACCGAUUAGCGUUUAGAAUUCAGGAAAACACGCUCGUUGCCAGAAAUGUCGACGAAUAUUCGGCUGAAAGACAGUACACGUUUAGCGAAAUAUUUAACGAUCAGGUACCACAAGCGGAUGUAUACGAAAAGUGCAUAAAAGCAGCUAUCAAAAAUAUUACUGGAGAUCGAGGGGCAACAUUUUUAACAUAUGGCACUUCAGGUUCCGGGAAAACCUAUACCUUACUGGGAACGAAUAGCAAUCCCGGAAUCGUACCCCGAGCAAUCGAGCAAAUUUUUGUUGAACACGCUGCUAACAUUUCCCCUCAUCCUAGUUUGAGGAUCGAUAGAACGAUGGUUAGUUUUCUGGACGAUGAUACAAUUUGCGACGAAUUGAAAAAAGUGGAAAAUAUGAAACAAAUGCUUCAAUUCAAUAACAGCUGCCAUUCGAAAAUGAAAUCGAUUAUUAGAAAGGAACAUUCAUUUCAAACUAAACACGAUACGGACGUGAGUGUUUUUAUUUGGGUGUCAUUUGUUGAAAUUUACAACGAAAAUGUUUUUGACCUGCUGGCCCAGGAAUCAAUAUUUGGCAAACGCAAGCCGAUGAAAAUUGUGUCAAAUGAAGGCAAUGCGUAUAUAAAAGAUCUCUCAUGUGUAUAUGCUGGUAGCAGUGAAGAUGCAUUUAAUAUACUUCAAUUUGGUCUUCAAAGUGCUACGUACGGUUCAACAGAUGUCAAUAGCAAUUCGAGUCGCUCUCAUAGCAUAUUUUCCAUAACUGUUGUUUCCUAUUCCCUUGCCACGCAACAUAUAAAUUACUCCGUCUAUAAGUUCUGCGAUCUUGCCGGUUCUGAACGGUUAAAGAAAACCGGAAACUUUGGAGAGCGGUUGAAGGAGGCACAAAAAAUAAAUACCUCAUUGAUGGUUCUCGGUCGGUGUUUGGAAACAGUGCAUAAAAAUCAAAAAUCGAAAAAACUAGCAGAUUUAGUACCGGUGCGAGAUUCCAAACUUACGAUGUUGAUACAAUCCGCAUUGCUCGGAAAGGAAAAGCUUACUAUGAUUGUGAAUCUUUAUCCCACCGAAGAAUACUACGAUGAAAACAUCAAUGUGUUGAACUUUUCCUCGAUUGCCAAACAAAUUGUGCUUCAGAAAAAACCAACUCAGAAGAAUAAUCGAACUACACGUUAUUCUUUCUUUUUGGCACAAGCUACCAGCAGUCCGUCCUCACGUAUCGACAGUAAAUGUCUAUUGUUAGAGAAUGAAAGACUUAAACAAGAACUGUCGCAGGAAGCCGCCGUUUUUCGUGAACAAUUAGGAGAAAAGGAACUGGAAAUUCAACUGUUGAAACGGGAGUUACUCGAGCAAGAAUUACAGCUACGCAAUGAGCUGACAGAUGAUUUCGAAUCUUAUAGCACUCAGCGCGAAGCCACUUUCAAAACUCGUUUAAAGCAGGCACAAGAAGCGGCAAUUUUACCGUAUAAGCUACAGAUUACAAAUCUAAACGCUAAAAUAGAAGAGUUAAGAGCUACAAUUAAUGACAUGGAGUACGAAGAGGACGAAUACGAAAAACAGCUAAAUGCAUAUAAAGAUGAGCUACAAAAGUACCGCGAAAAAGAAAAUCGAAAUAGAAGAUUGUCAUUGUAAUUUAAUUUUGUUUUUAUUGAAAAUUGAAUAAAACAGCGCUUUUAUAGCACACACUUCAA